AUGACCUCCUCCGAUCUGACCACUCUGUGCUUCGAGGAAUGGAACAAAAUACGGCACGAUCUGGCUCAUCUGGUGAGGCGGGAUCUGGAGGAUGGAGCCAGAUUAACAAGGACAAAACUGAUAGACAAUCUGAUGACUGAGGUUUGUGAUUGCAGUGAUGAUUAUUACAACCAUAUAAAUGCCGACUGCUAUGAGGAGGCCCAGAAGAGCUAUGCCAGGGGUUAUAUAUUACUGCGGAUGGUGCUAUCGGAGCUCAAGUUCAACAAGCUGGAAGACAGGGUGUUAUAUAAUCAAGUCAACGAUGCCUUUCUACAGCUGGCCUUUAGUUUUGAUUUACUGAAAUCGGUGAAGGAGGUGGUAGACGUUAUGUCUUCGCAGCCGGAAUUCUCGUUUGCCAUGGACCCUGCAUUGAGGGUGAAGGCCGUGCAUAGCCCCGUGGUAGGGCAUAAUGUUGCGAAGCAGCACGUAUCUCGGCAUGGAGUGUCAUAUGAUGGUGGUGAAAAGGUUGUAAACCGUCCAAUGACAAAUGGUUCCGACCCACAGAAUAUUCCCCCAUUACCUCCAAAGGUGCCGGCUUCCAAGAUUCAGCCUGCGGAUAGAAGCGGAGGUGGAUCUGCUUACGACGGGAGAUCUGUGGAUCAGGCUUAUAACAUGAGAUCCCUCAAUCAUGCACUGCCUGUUAUUCCAGAUACGGGCUUGAAACGAACACCCUCCAAGCCGCCUCGUCGCGCUCCGCCAAAGCCACAGAAUACUUACCGGGAAGAAGAACUCACACCAAGGCGCAUUACCAAUGCAGACCUGUCCAGCUUUCUGUUUUCUGAGAAAAACUACCAGAAGCCGAACAUGCUUCUGCUGGUUGAUAUAAGACCUAAGGACGAUUUCAAUGCCGCGCACAUAAACUAUGAGAAUACAGUCAGUAUUGAUCCCAGGUUAUUGCAAAUGUGCGAUAGUGACAUGGAGUUGGAAGAGAGACUCUUGAAAUGGAGCCAGGAAGAUUACACCAAGUUCUUCUACCGUGAUGACUACAAGCUAAUUGCGUUCUACUCUGAGGAUUCGAAGCCUUGCGAUGCAUUGGAGGUUUUCUUCCGGAUAAUGACAUCGCCAGAAGUUGAAAAAAGAGCGUUGAACAAUCCCGUGAUCGUUUCAGGUGGGUUCUCAGAAUGGCUGAAAUGGUAUGGAAAUGAUCCGCACAAGACGGUAGGUGUUAAUCUGGACAGCACUAUUGCGGCACCAGCUUCGAGAAGAGCAUCAGUAGCUGACCGUCCAUACAUGCCUCCUCCGCAGUAUGAUCUCAAUACGCGAAACUACUCUGUUUCGCCCGAGGGGAGAGGGACGCCUUUGAAAAGAGAAGUCUCGGAACCACAAAAGCCAAUCGGUAACAUUCCACCCAUACCGCAAGGAAUUCACAGAACAGAUACCUCUUUCUCCACCGUCUCCACCCCUGGGUACCAAUCGUAUCCUCCCCAGGAAACCCCAACUCCACCGAGCCAGUCAUACCAGCGCUAUGUACAUCCUUCCUCGUCGUCAAUAGCUCGCCAACAGCCUGAAAGUCCUCAUUCUAUCAACGCCUGCGGACUCAUAAACAACGGAAGCACGUGCUACAUUAACAGCAUGCUACAGUGUCUCUUCAACUACGCGCCUCUCGAGGAGAUGUUCAGAGGUCAAUACCUGGAGUUAUUGGCAGACCCCAGUAGCUCUGGUACUCUUUCCAGUGCUUUCCAUCGUGUUUUCAACUACAUGUCGACCCAUCCAGGAGCGUACUUUUAUCCAUCUGAGUUCCUCAAACGUUGCUCAUCUUUGAACCCCUCAUUAGGAAUCCCUCAUGAGCAACAGGAUACCCAGGAGUUCUUGAAUUUUGUUCUCGAGACCUUGAACAAAGAGCUAUCCUACGAACAGGCUGUGAUCACAUACUACCCCGAAUCUGUGGAGUUGUACUCGCCUGACCCAGCUUAUCUAAAAUGGUUUGAGGCAGAGGUUAAACUGGAUGGUGUUUCCCCUAUAAAUGGUUUGUUCCAGGGCCAAGGCCAGAGCACGCUAGUCUGUGGCAGGUGUGGUCACCAAUCUUCGAAUUACGCUAGAUUCAAUGUGUUGUCGGUGAACAUGCCGAACCGGUCUAGAGCACCUGUUUUGGCGCUGGAAGAGUGUAUUGAGUACUACCUGGCAGAUGAGAUUCUUAGUGAAUCAGAAGGAAAUGCUUGGAACUGUCCCGAAUGUGAAAAGUUACAGAAAAUAAUUUCCAAAAGCCCAGAGAAGAAGAAGUCAAAGAGGUUUUUCCACUCCUCUAAGAAGGAGAGCAAUGGCGAUCCAACAGAAACUCCGCCAUCACCAGCAACCAUCAACCAUGCCAAAGAGGUCAUUUCACAGGAGAACGUGUCUAUGAGAAGGUCCAAGUUUCUUCAUUUGCCUCGUCUUCUGGUGGUUCAUCUGGCCAGGUUUGGUCCAAUGGGUACCAAGCUGAAUUAUCCGAUUUCGUACCCGCUAAUACUGGACAUUCCAGAGGGAUCCAGAAUGGUGAGAUAUAAGCUUCAUUCUCUGAUCAAUCACGAGGGGACACUGAAAUCCGGUCAUUAUACUGCGUUGGUGAAUAAGUCUCACCAGCUGAAGAACCCGUUUUGGUGCUACUGUGACGACGAAAGGAUCGUCUCCCCCGUGGCACACGGCGAUUACAAACACAACGUGAGGAGACUGGAAAGUGAAAAGGUCUACCUACUCUUCUACCAGAAAAUUGCCCAAACAUAG